AAGUCCUCUCUUUCUAUUGGUUUCUCCUUCUAAUUGUUCUUGUGAAAGGAAACUACACAGAAUAAACUAUGAAACACCUUAGAUUUUUGACCAUUUCAAUCCACUUUAAUUCUUCAUAUCCCCAAUUCAGUUGCUACAUUUAUUCACUUACAAAUACCAAAUAAAGAAACCAAACAAAAAAUGCCAAAAAACAUGAAUCAAAACCAUGUCAUCACAAUUGAUCAAGAAGUGGAAACCAUGAAGAAGCAAAUGAAAGAAGCACCAAAGUUACUUCUCAAAUCAGCUGGUAAGAAUUCUUGUAGCAUAUUUAGAGUCCCACAAAGUCUAGUUGAAAUCAACAAAGAAGCAUAUCGACCUCGAAUUGUCUCAAUCGGCCCAUGCCACUAUGGGAACAAGGAUCUUGCGAUGAUUCAAGAGCAUAAAUGGAGGUUCCUAGAUGAUAUGAUCACAAGAACCAAUAAGCAACUAGAUUUUUUAAUGAAAAACAUAGGGUCAAUGGAGAAUAGAAUUCGAGAUAGCUACUCGGAGUCUAUUGAUCUUGGCUCUAAUGAUCUAGCUAAAAUGAUGGUGCUAGAUGGAGUUUUCUUGAUUGAAUUGUUUCGAAAAGUUGGGAAGUUGGUUCCGGCGCAUCAAGAUGAUCCCAUAUUUAAAAUGGCUUGGAUUUCGCCGUUUUUGAUGAGGGAUCUUUUGAGGAUAGAGAAUCAAAUCCCGUUUUUCGUUCUACAAAAGUUGUAUGAAGUGUCUAAACAAGAGGACCAUGAUUGUACACUUCAAUCUUUAAUCCUAGAGUUUUUCAAUUACAUGGUUGAUAGGCCACAAGAAGUUUUAAAGAAGUACGCGAAUCAUGAUGGAAAACAUUUACUCGAUUUUUUCAGAAAGAGUUUCAUAAACAAUAAUAGAGACUCGGUUACUAGAAGCUCGGUUAAUAGAAGCUCGAUUAGUAGAAACUUGGUUGUUCCUGAAGCGAUUGAUAAACCCAACCAUUCCCUUAAACUCAUCAAACCCGCAACCAAACUUGUUACCGCUGGGGUCAAGUUCAAGGCUAAUCAUCAAGCCGAUAGCUUCUUAGAUAUCAAAUUCCAAGACGGGCUACUUUUAAUUCCUCAAAUCAACAUGGAUGAUUUUUACAGUGCUUUUUUUCUAAACUGUAUGGCUUUCGAGCAAUGUUAUUUUCAUUGCACGAAAGACAUUACAACGUAUGUUGUGUUCAUGGGUUGUCUCAUGAACACCUCUGCGGACGUAAGUUUGCUUUCGCACAAUAAGAUUAUUGAGAAUUAUUUUGGUACGGAUAAGGAGGUUGCAAAGUUCUUCAAUGAGGUUGGAAAAGAUGUGGCUUUUGAUAUCAAGAAUAAUUACCUAAAGGACUUGUUUGUGGAGUUAAACGAGUAUUGUAAGAAUGGGUGGCAUGUAAACUGGGCCGGGUUUAAGCAUACCUAUUUUGCGAGCCCAUGGGCCGCAGUUUCGGCUUUUGCAGCUGUUAUGUUGCUUUCUCUUGCGGUUCUCCAAACACUUUACACCGUUAUAUCAUACUAUAAAAAAGAUGGAGAUAAGUGAUCCUAAGGUGGUGCUAGAAUUGCUACUACAACGCUCCGGUGUUGGUGUAUUGGUCUCUAGUCGAAUUCAUGUCAAAUAAUCCAUCUUGUAACUCUGUUGUUUAGUUUGAGUGUUUCAAGGCAUACAGUUUCUUUAUAUUAUUAGGCUAUGAGGAGUGGAUGGAGCCCUAUGGGGCUUUAUCAAGUUCACAUAGGAUCCACGUCAGCCAUGGGGUCCCCCUUUAAUUUGGAGGGUGUGGAUGGAGCCCUAUUAAACAAAAUUAAAAAAAAAAUUUGAUUGGUCCAAAUUGAAGAAGAUGGCGCCAUACAUGGUUACCGUGAUGGAGCCCCAUGGAGCCCCCACAUGGAGGGUGUGGUGAUGGAUGGUGAUGUGGCGGUGAUGGAGCCCCAUGGAACCCCCACACCCCAUAGCCUUAGAGCACUUGCAAUGCAUAACCAAAGAUGAAGGUGACAUUCUUCAAUAACAACAUGCAAUACUACACGAUGUUGGAGGGGUUUGAAAAGUGGGUGUAGAAUACUACACAUUAGCGUGCGUCAGAAAUGGGGGUGUUGCAAAAAUGGGGAUGUGGGACGAGGCAUGGAAGAGUG